GCGACAGCUGGCCAAGCUGGCCCUCAUUUUCAGCCACAUGCACACGGAACUGGGCGCGCUCUUCCCGGGGGGAAAGUACUGCGGGGACACGUACCAGCUGGCCAUGGCCCCGGCCCACGCCUUCUGGAGGGAGCACUGCGGGGUGCGGUGUGUGCUGCCCUGGGCCGAGUUCGAGUCGCUCCUGUGCACCUGCCACCCCGUAGAGGCAGGAUCCACCGCCCUGGCCUUGCGUUCCACGGUGGACCUCACCUGCAGCGGCCACGUGUCCGUCUUCGAGUUCGACAUCUUCACCAGGCUCUUCCAGCCAUGGCCAACACUCCUCAAGAACUGGCAGCUCCUGGCCGUCAACCACCCGGGCUACAUGGCCUUCCUCACCUACGAUGAGGUCCAGGCACGCCUGCAGGCCUGCAGGGACAAGCCAAGCAGCUAUAUCUUCCGGCCCAGCUGCACUCGCCUGGGGCAGUGGGCCAUCGGGUACGUGAGCUCGGACGGCAGCAUCCUGCAGACCAUCCCUCCCAGCAGACCCCUGUUCCGCGUGCUCCUGGAAGGACAGAAGAACGGCUUCUACCUCUACCCCGAUGGCAAGAACCACAACCCAGACCUGACCGAGCUCUGCCAGCCAGAACCUCACCAGCGCAUCCACGUGUCCCAGGAGCAGCUGCAGCUCUACUGGGCCAUGGACUCCACGUUCGAGCUCUGCAAGAUCUGCGCAGAGAGCAACAAGGAUGUGAGGAUUGAGCCGUGCGGCCACUUAUUGUGCAGCCGCUGCCUGGCAACCUGGCAGCAUUCGGACAGCCAGACCUGCCCCUUCUGCCGCUGCCAGAUCGAGGGCCAGGAGGCCGUGAGCAUCUACCAGUUCCACGGGAAGCCAGCGGCGGCCUGGGCGCCUGACGAGGACCCAGGGCCCGGUGAUGACAAGGAGGACGGGAAGUUGGAGCUGGGGCGGGUGGCUGCCUCGGCUCCUCCCCUGCCCCCUCGACUGGAUCUGCCCCCCAGGAAACCCAGAAAUGCCUGCCAGCCCAAGAUACCCCUGGCCCUCCCCAGACUUCGAGCCCCCCUUCCCUUGCCGAGAAUUAACAGUGUGGUGGCCUCAGUCCCGUGGGAAGUCACCUCCAGCCCCCAGGCCAGGGAGGGGGCCACGGAAGACCCCUAGAGGGAAUCUCUCUUCCAGCUGCCUGAGGGGCCCCAUCCUGCUCAGACCUGGAGGCCAGGGCACCCAGAUGUGCUGCUAACAGAGCGCCAGGGCUAGAAGGGGUUGGUGAGACUGAAAUAAACAGCCAAGCCCGGAA